AUGUCCCUCUCGACAAUACACGAGUUCUUUCUUUUUGCUCAACCUGACCCGAUGCUUGUGAUCGUGAUAUACAGUGUCGGCGCGUUUGAAAUAGCGGUGACUAUUGCUUCUUUACUCUUUGGCGGCGAGCCCGCCCUUCGUCUUUUCUCAUUAAUGCUCUGGGUACAGUUCUGGAAAUACGCCAAUGGAUAUCAAAGAGAUCCGUGGUAUAUCAAAGCAAUAGUGGCGACUGUGUUUUCCGGUAAUCUGUUUCAUCAGGUGUGCCUCAACCACUCGCUAUACACAUACACAGUAACGCAUUGGGGAGAUGUAGAUGUGCUACUUUCUAUACCAUGGAGUUUCCUCGGUCUUGUUACAGCUAGUGGAUGCGUAGCCUUUGUAGUGCAAUCGUUCUACGUCUACAGAAUUUGGAAACUGAGCAACGGAAGCUAUCUUCUAAUCUUCCCUUUGGCGGCAAUAUCAAUGGCAGAGUUCAUUGUCAACAUGUAUGCUGUUGAUGCAGGCCGAAGAAUUACCGUGUACACAGAGCAAGUGAAGAUAAAGGACAAAUACCAUGAUUACUCGUCUGGCUUCGCUUGCAUCUUGAUAAUGCAGCAUGGCAGCACUGCUGACAAUUAUCACACUGUCCAUUUGGGACAGGACUAUGAUCGACCACCCAUUCUACU